GCGGAGGUGAAAGUUCAGCAGUGCGCCUUGUAAAAUGGCGGCUGAAUUGACCAGAGAGUGGAGCGAUGAACAGCUAAAAAGUGAUGAUCUACCCAAAAAAGACAUUAUUAAGUUCAUUCAGGACAAUGCUGCCCAUUCGUUUCUUGCAGAACACAAGCUGAUGGGAAAUAUCAAGAAUGUUGCAAAAACGGCAAAGAAGGAGCAACUAAUUAUUGCAUACAACGAUUUGUUUGAGAGCAAGAGAUUUUUAGGUUCAGAACCCAUUGAAGAUGUGACAGAGCAUGUGAAAAAUGUGAAGAUCGACGACAAGCCCAAAGAAGUUGUGGAAGUCGUUGAUGAGGGUCCUCCUAAGUUCUUCAAGUCUGUGCUGAAGAAAGGUGACAAGACUAACUUCCCUAAGAAGGGAGACAAUGUGAGCUGUUGGUACACUGGCUCCCUGGAGGAUGGCACAGUGUUCGACACCAACAUCCCUGCAACUGCUAGAAAGAAGAAACAGAGCAAGCCACUGAGCUUCAAAGUUGGCCUGGGCCGGGUCAUCAAAGGGUGGGAUGAAGGUAUCUUAACGAUGAGUAAAGGCGAGACAGCCAAACUGGAGAUUGAACCAGAAUGGGCCUACGGGAAGAAAGGACUUCCUGAUUCAAAAAUCCCACCAAACGCAAAGCUGAUCUUCGAGGUCGAGCUGGUGGCCGUCGAUUAAUGGCAAAAACCUACCCAGCAUGCCCUUCUCUCCGUGGACGGGGAAAACAUGGUAGUCACUAGAUGGCUAUGCUCGAAAGGACAGAAGUGGUUGUAACAUUGUCAGAACAUUGAAGGAGUCUGUGAUAUGUCUUAAUUUACAUUUAAUGGGAUGCUUUGGGAUUUUGGCAAUAAGGCCAUUUAUCUACUUCCCCAGAGUCAGAUUAACUUUUGGAUACCUUUUUUUUUUGUUUUUGUCAGUGUCCAGUAUGAAGGAAGUUAAAUAUAGCAGUGGCUCGAGAAACUAACUAGUUUUGGCACAAUGACUGGAAUUCUAUGGGCAUCUACUAGAAUGUGUUUAACACUAGUUAGCAUUGGCUCAUGAAACUACAUUUCAUUUAUUUUAUUUAUUUUUUAUUUCACCUUUAUUUAACUAGGUAGGCUAGUUGAGAACAAGUUCUCAUUUGCAACUGCGACCUUGCCAAGUUCAAGCAAAGCAGUUCGACACAACAACAGCGUUAAACAUGGCAUAAACAUUCAAUCAAUAAUACAGUAGAAAAAUCUAUAUACAGCAUGUGCAAAUGAGGUAGGAUAACAGGUAAGGCAAUAAAUAGGCCAUGGUGGCAAAGUAAUUACAAUAUAGCAAUUAAACACUGGAAUGGUAGGAUGACUGGACACUGAGUCAUAAAAGUGGUAUCCACCAGUUCAUCUGAUUCAUUGCCAGAAUCCCAAAGUAACCCUUAAGGUUAGUCUGGUUGUUUUGUCUUUUUCUGCUUAAGUCCUUUUAUCAUUGUUUUGGCAUAUUGUCUGAAGCAGGAACAGACCAGAGUUAUUUGUGGUGAGUUGAGAAGGUGCCAUGCUUCUGUCCUUUCCAGCAUGGCAAGAUAUUGAUGACCGGACAACACUGUACAGAUGGGGCAUCCUGCCUGACAGUUACACACCGCAGAGGAAAGCCUUCCUGUUUAUUCUUGUUCUUUUGCAUGCAUGUCCUUUUUUAAAGAAUAAUAAACCAAUUUUGGAGACUAAAUUGACACGUA